CAGUAUCUGAACCCUCUUGUUUCCUUCGGGUGGCGUGGCAACUAAAGAGUGGCAACCAAAAGAGUGUUACAGCUGAACGGUUUGUACCUGCAUGUCCCGUAAUACCAUCUUUCUUCAUUUUAGCCUAUUUGAGAUGGGAACCAUGUUACGUCAGUUAGCCCCCUCCCGGUAUUCACUUACAUUGUUCGGCCGUUCUGUCCGUGCAACGCUACUAUCCCGUCACCACAAUCUAUUUUCGUCCGGGUCCGGUGUUGUGGAUGAGCCGGAUCCCAAUCUUACGGUGUUGCAGCAUGCAAGAUUUCAUGAGUUGCGCCGAACGGAAUCGCUUGAGAACCGAAAAGCUCGUUUGAUAUAUCAGAGCAGGAAACGUGGUAAUCUAGAGAAUGGGAUAUUACUCAGCACCUUUGUGGAUGAAUACAUAGAUAAAUUGACACCGGAUCAGGUGGGUUCCUAUGAUGCCUUGAUCAACCUAGCAGACAACGAUUGGGACAUAUACUAUUGGGUUACAGAUGCCAGAGAAGUGCCGGAAGUUUUCCGAACGGACGUUUUCGAAAUGUUACGGGAUCACGUGAAAAAUAAAGAAAAACAAUUGAGAAAUCAGCAGCCUCCUCUGAAACCUCGAUCACAGAUUUGAUCUAGUUCAGCACUCAAAUUUUUCAUACUUAUAUUCAUUGACUUCACCUUCAGUAUCCUUCAAUAAAAUCAUCACCCAGAUUUCCAGAGUACUUCUAUUUCCA